AUGCCUUCCCGCAUAGACGCGGAAGAGCACAGUGAACAGAAUGAGGGCGGCAGUGGGCUGAUGCUUGCGAAACUCAAUCAGUCUCAAUUUGACCCUGUCGAAUUCCUGAACGAUUCACUACCCAACCUAAGUUUGUCGUCUCAAACCCAGCUUUCAAAAUCCAGCAGGUCUACACAAAUCCAGAGUGCCUCGACCGAGUCACUUGCACUCCUCACGUCACUCAACACAAUCUCCAUCCGUGCUUCCUCAGAGUUGACAAGUUUAACGGACGAGAUUAUCCGCAGUGGAAAUCGUCUUGCCUACGAGGUAGAGGUGCUUCGUGGUGAUGUGAAUGGGUUCCACGAGCUGUUGAGCGAUUCACUACGGGAUGAUAUUCGCCAAUUUGUCAUUGAUGAGGUUACCAGUAUAGAACCACCAAUAUCAGGUUCGGAGAUUGAUGGUGACGACUCGUUGCAAAAAGCGCAAUCAGAGAGCGAGCCUGACUUCAUGACUCGACUACGAUUGCUGGGCAAAGUGAAAGCACGUCUCGAGUCUGUGGUUACUAUUUUCGGCGAAGCAAUGAAAUGGCCAAUACCUCCCUCUGAAUUGUCCAUGGCAUCAUCUCUCAUAUCCGUCUCUUCACCUGAGUUGGGGAUUCAAAGCACGGCCGAAGAUGACAAGGCACGUGAGGCAUUGAAGAGUAUUCGGGCAGAAAUUGACGAACUACUUGGGCCAGAACCAGCUGGGUAUGCUGGCCUCGAGGCGGCAUCCCAAAGGGUCGAAGAGUACAGACAGCUUGCAAUACUGUGGAAGGGCACUGGUGAGGAAAAGGCCAGAAUCAAAUUUGUUGAUUCAUUGGUUAAACUGGUGGAAGACAGGCGGAAGACACUGGAUGCACGACAACGGGCUCGAAAUUCCAAGGCGGCUAGUUCUGUACGAUCAAGUUCCGCCAUGGGUAGGAAUCCGAGAAGCUCAAAUGAGGGAAGUGGUGGUGCAGCCGGACUGUUUCGGAAUCUGCAGCGCUUGAAGGAUGAUUUGUAUCUCGAAUGA